UUUUUUUCUCCUUUUCUUUAAUUUCUUUUCCAUUCAUUAAUUUCUUCUUAUUAAUCAUUUGAAGAGGAAAAAAUAUAUAAUCCAUUUUUAUAUAUAAAAAGGGACUUUAAAACUUGAUAAGAAAAUUUAGAACAAAAACAAAACAAAACCAAAAAAAACAAAAGCAUAAAAUAAAAUAUAGGAAAGGAAUCUAUUCUACUAGAAUAAAACUAACUAAAAAUGGGACCAGCUGUUUCGACUUUAAUACAUGAUGUAUCUACUAUGCUGUUUGACAGAAAUUUUUCACAAGACGACGUCACCCAGCAACUUCCGCUUUUUCAUUCUGCAAAAUUUCCUUAUAUAAGUUUAAACGAAUCCCCUUCUUAUUCAGAUGAACCUUCCAUGUCUUCCUCCAUUAUUCAAACACCUUUAGUAAAAGAAGAUGCUACCCUAUAUAAACAAAACGUUUCUGAAAUUGCAUCAAAAAUAAUACCCAAAAGAGCUUGGUCAGGUUAUCAUCUUUUUCAAUUAGCCAACAUGAAGGGAGAUCCUUCACAGCCGCCACGAAUAAUUAAAACCCCUAGAUUCCGAUCCACAGGACAUAAACUAGCAUCCAAUCUGAAUACAGUCAAUUCAUCAGCGCCCUCAUUAUCUUCUACUACCUCACAACAAACGAAGCCGUUACUAAUUAUAGAAAAUACGAUUGAUACCGAAAAAGGAAAAGAGCCUGCAGAGAUGGAACAACUUAUUUCUAUGAUGAAAAACCAUAAAGUGUCGGAUGAUACAGCAUCAUUUGAUUUUAAUUUUGGGUUAAAUAACAACAAUAAACCCUUAACACCUAUACCCUCACCUCAGUCAGCAACAACAAGUUUUAUUCCAUCUCCUGAAUUCAAGUUUUCCUUUUCAGCCUCUAUACCUAAUACAAAUCAUCAUUACACAUAUGGUUAUAGUACAAAUACGACGAUUCCUAAUGAAGAAGAAGAUGAAUAUGAUGAUGAUGAAGGAACAGAAAAUCAUCUCAAUAACGAUACACUUUAUAUAUCAGAACGAAAAAUAUUACCUUUACCAAAACCUCGUUGGAAAAGGCAUCAAGAUAAAUCUACAACUACAAUCGCUAUUCGAACUCAAGAUGGAUCUACGAAUUAUCCUUUUAAUAGAGUCCAAGAUGCUAAUAACACAAGUCAUUUAUUUAAUAGAAUACCAUCAUCAAAUAUAACUCUAAACGAGGAUAUGAGUAAUAUCAAGAAGAUGAAAUGUUCUGCUGGCAAUAAAGUGAUUAGUAAUAAACAACGACAAAAAGUGGAUAAUAAAAGGAAAGAAAGAAACUGGCAAGAUAACGUUAGUAGUAGUAGUACAACUGCAGAAGUGACAGAAAUUCCCAUUUAAUCUAAAAUCAUCUGAAUCUAUGAGAGAACGGAUAAAGACUAAAUUAAAAACAAUUCAAGCUACAAAGGGAACUUCUGUCAGUACUGCGGUAGUCACCAUUCCAUCAGUCACAACAAAUUCAACUAAAAAAUCAAUAUCACAAAAGAAAAAGCCAAUAAAGAAUCAAACAGAGACUAAUAAAGGACAAAAGAAAAUCAUUGCUCC